GCUAUAGGAGCCCUAUGUCGCUAUAGGGGAGCCCUAUGUCCCUAUAGGGGAGCCCUGUAUCGCUAUAGGAGCCCUAUAUUGCUAUAGGGGAGCCCUAUGUCCCUAUAGGGGGAGGAGGAGGAAGCAAAACAACCCGAGAGCAACGGGUCCAACCAACCCCGUGAUGUCGGGUUAAAGUCCAUCGGGGUUGGACCUUGAUCCCCUAUAGCGGCCAUAGGGACCAUGCUGAGCCUGCUGCUGGGAGCUAUAGGGGGGGGGCUGAUCCUAUAUGGCCUAUGGGGCCAUAGCGCCGCUAUAGGGUCUGCGCUAUUAGCUGCUAUAGGGGGGGGGCUGAUCCUAUAUGGCCUAUGGGACUAUACAGCCGCUAUAGGCUCCGUGCUAUGGGCAUCUAUAGGGGGGGCUGUGCUGCUUCUAGCAUCUAUAGGGGCCAUUCUGCUCCUAUAUAACCUAUGGGGCCAUAUGGGUGCUAUAAGGACCAUGCUAUUAGGAUCUAUAGGGGGGGGUCUGCUCCUUUAUACCCUAUGGGACUAUACAGCCGCUAUAGGCUCCGUGCUAUGGGCAUCUAUAGGGGGGGCUGUGCUGCUUUUAGCAUCUAUAGGUCUCUCCCUGUCCCUAUGUACCCUAUGGAUCCAUAUGGGUGCUAUAAGGACAGUGCUCUUAGCUGCUAUAGGGGGUGGGCUGCUCCUUUAUACCCUAUGGGACUAUACAGCCGCUAUAGGCUCCGUGCUAUGGGCAUCUAUAUGGGGGGCUGUGCUGCUGUUAGCAUCUAUAGGGGCCGCUCUGUCCCUAUGCACCCUAUGGAUCCCAUACCUCUACGCCGACCUCAAGGCCUUCCUCACCCUCUUGUCCUCCUCCUUACGCUCCCGCUGGCGUUUGAGCCGCCGUCCCCCAUUGACCCUAUUACGUCGCUUCCUAUAUCACGCGGGGCGCAGACCCCAGCACCCCAUGCUGCUCUAUAGGGACCAGCUGUUCACCUAUAGGGACAUGGACCUAUGGAGCAAUAGGGCCGCCAGGAGCUUUGCGUUGCAGCUGGGUUGCAAUGGGGGCGGUUGCGUCGCUGUUUUCCUGCCCAACGUUCCCGUUUAUGUCUGUACCUGGUUGGCGUUGGCCAAGCUGGGCUGCGCCAUGGCCUGCAUCAAUUGCAACCUCAAGGGCAGGGCGCUGCUGCACGCGAUAAGAGCCGCGGGGCCGGCUGCGGUGCUCAGCUGCAACGAGCUCCAUGUUGCCAUUGAGGAGGUCCUCCCCGCCCUGCAGCAGGACGGGGUCCGUGUGUUCUACCUGGACCCCACCUCCCCCACCCCGGGGGUCCCGGCCCUGCAGCCCCACAUCGAAUCCUGCUCUGACGAUCCCGUACCCGACCGGUACCGAACCGGAACCACCGGCAGCUCCAAAGCCGUCUACAUCUACACCUCCGGGACCACCGGGCUGCCCAAGGCCGCCGUGAUCACGGAGAUGAAGGUUCUGCUGGUUGCCAGCCUGGCCCAGAUGUGUGGGCUGAGGGGGGACGACGUGGUGCUCACCACCCUGCCCCUGUACCACUCUGCGGGGCUGCUCAUAGGGGUGGGGGGCUGCAUCGAGGUCGGAGCCACGUGUGUGCUGAGAUCCAAGUUCUCGGCCUCCCAGUUCUGGGCCGACUGUAGGAAAUACAACGUCACCGUCAUCCAGUACGUGGGGGAGCUGCUGAGGUACCUGUGUAACACACCCAAGAGUCCCAGUGACCGCGAUCACAACGUCCGUCUGGCCAUAGGGAACGGACUGAGGGGUAACGUAUGGACCGAGUUCCUGCAGCGCUUCGGCCCUAUAGAAAUCAGCGAAUUCUAUGGGGCCACCGAGGGCAACGCCGGCUUCAUCAACUACACGGGGAAGGUCGGGGCCGUGGGGAGAGCCAACGUGUUCCUAAAGGUUUUCUCUUCCUUCGAGCUGAUCCAAUACGACGUGGAACAGGACGAACCCGUUCGGAACCAGGAUGGGUUCUGCAUCCGAGUCCGACCCGGUGAGACGGGGCUGCUGGUGAUCCGGAUCACCCGUAACACCCCGUUCCACGGCUACGCGGGUGAUAAGAGCAGGACGGAGAAGAAGAUCCUGCGGGACGUGUUUGAUAAGGGCGACUCCUACUUCAACAGCGGGGACCUGCUCAUGAUGGACCGCGAGAGGUUCCUCUACUUCCAGGACCGUGUUGGUGAUACCUUCCGCUGGAAAGGUGAGAACGUGGCGACGACGGAGGUGGAGGCGGCGCUGUCCAUGGUGGAUUUCAUCCAGGAGGUCAAUGUCUACGGGGUGGCCGUGCCGGGUGAGCAGCAAAGAGGGGCUGAGAACCCACCAAAAUGGUUAAAUUUGGAGUUACUGACCCAAAAUAGGAGCCCACUGGGGUUCAUAACUACCAAAACGGGGCUAAGAAGGCACCAAGAUGGUUAAAAAUGGACAAAUUGA